AUGAUUGGGGCCUGCAGGGAGGAGCAGCGCGGCGGGCCCUGCCGGAGGCAGCGGGGGAGCCGGGUUGCUACAGUGACAGAAUAUGGGGCAUUUAUAAAAAUCCCAGGCUGCAGGAAACAAGGCCUUGUCCAUAAGACUCACAUGUCUUCCUGCCGUGUGGAUAAACCCUCAGAGAUAGUGGAUGUUGGAGACAAAGUAUGGGUGAAGCUUAUCGGAAAAGAGAUGAAGGAUGACAAACUGAAGCUUUCACUCUCCAUGAAGGUUGUUAACCAAGGAACGGGAAAAGACCUUGAUCCAAACAAUGUUUCCCUUGAUCAGGACGAGAGGAAAAAACGCACAUUCAAAGACUACACGAGUCAGAAGAUCACGCUUGAAGCUGUCUUGAACACUGUGUGCAAGAAAUGUGGUUGCAAAGGUCAUUUUGCCAAGGAGUGUUUUGUGCAGCCUGGAGGUACCAAAUAUAGCCUCAUUCCAGAAGAGGAGGAAGAGGAGGUGGCAGCAGCAGGGUGUGAAAGAGAUAAAAAGACCAGCAUGGGUGACGAUUCUUCAAAAAAAAGGAAAAAGGUACGAGGUGCCCUACUGCUGGCCUCAAAAAGUGAGCUAGAUAAUUUGUUCUGUAUAGUUACACUUGUGAUUUACUAUAGCAACAUGGUUAUGAGUAACCAGUUGUGGUCUGAAAGGGUGGCUCAGGUUUGUUCAGGUUCUGUAGCAAAACAGGAAUCUCCUCAGCAGACUUCAGUAAUUCUUGUGCUUUCUCCUUUUAUUCUUGUUAAACUGUCUUUAAGAUGAUUUGGUGCUAUAAUGCACAGUCCUCAAAAGAGAUUUCUUACAGUGAGAAAAGGAAUUUUUUUUCUUGCUCUUUGUGAAGCUCUAUAGAAAUUGCUUCAGUUUCCGGAAUUUUUGUGAUUCUUACCAAUAACCCUGUUUCCCCUCCCGUCUCACUGCUCUUGCCCUAACACCUCUGUAAUCUGAGCUGAAUGCCCUGCUGCAGCGGGUAUCCCGACCCAGCCUGUGCAGUGGGAACUAGGCUUAUCUGCGCAGGCCAGGGGAAAAUUGCUGCCUGUGUUUGCAGAGGGAGUGUGCUCCUUUUCCAGGCUCUAAAGCAAUUUUUGUCUACGUGAAAAUGUCAAGAGGUAAGAGACCUUUUACAUGCAGUGUUUGAACUUUGGCUUCAGAGCAGGCUGGUAUACUACAUAGGGGAGACCCGAAUCCAAAACUGAGUGUUUGGUCAGUCUCUUUAUACAGCAGUGAGCAUUCCAGUUCCAGGCUUCAGUAAACAAACUGUUUGAUCAGCCCCUUCACAACUGGUGUCCAACUUUUAAUUAUGCUUCCAAAACCCCCCCCUUUUUUUUUUUUUUUUUUUUUUUCUUUAGCCCUGUGGCCUGUCUGUAUCCCUGGAGGGGGCAACAGGGGCAGCAAAGGUGGUGGAUUUCCUUUUUAUAGGAGAGGGACAAGGACCGUGUUAGCAAUUGCAUAGUGAGAACUAACUUCUGAGGGCUUAGUUCUCCUAGGCUCAGUGUGGAGUGUACUGGUGCUAGUAGGAGAGACUGCAGAUGCUGGCAACAGGGAAUGGAUGAGUCUCUUUUGAUGGCAAUGCUCAGACAAAUCUGGAAUGACUCACGCUGAUAGCUGAAUUCUCACUUCCAGUCGUGUUUUUCACUGGUAUUGUGGUUUGUGGCACUCUGUACACUCCUGUUAGAGAGAGGAGUAGCUGGGGCUGUUUGUGGGAUUGUAGGUGGUGACUGCACCAGCCAGGUGUGUGACCUUCCUUGUGUCAGCCCCUGCCUUGUGGCAUACCUGUUUCUGCCCCACAGUCAGUACAAAAUAAAGUUAGUGUUGAUCCAAUACUUGAUUCCAGCUUCUUGAUUGCUCACUAGUGCUCUGGAUGGCUCUGACCCAGUAGCAGGGACAGGAUCUCUCUUGACCAUAGAUCCUGUUGCCUGGUUCCAUCCCAAGAUGUGCUUUGCUUUCCCACUGUGUGGGCUUUUACCCAAGAAUGCUUGCGCUUGUCUGCGGAGUGUCGUUACACUGCAACAGAAAAUACACGUGGUGGUCUUUCUGUUCUGAUCUCGUGAGCACAGACCUCUGACCUCUCUGGCUGUUGGGUUCCUCUCUUGCCAUGGAGCCAUGUGAGAGCAGGCAUGGGCAACUCCUCAGCAAGGCUGGCUUCUCCAGCCUUGGGUUCUCUUCCUUCCAGCAGUGAUGGUGGUUUGUCUGGGAAAGGCUCAUAUAACUGCUGUUUAAAUGCUUCCAGGAAAAAUUAUGCUAAGAGGUGCUCAAAUAGCUUGUUAUCAUAUCAGUGCCCAUCCACCAGCUUGGGGAUUCCCUGUGGAGUCUUGCCCUGCUGGGACUACAGGAUAUGUGGGUCGCUGUCCUGAAUUUGUUACUGGCUUGUUGGGGGUCUGUGGAUUAACAGCCUUCCUUUAAAUCUUGCUUGUUCCUUUGAUCUUCCUCCCUUCUCAAGGAGGAGAUCAAAAGUUUUCAGAUGUUUUCCAGUGCUGGAAAAUAAAACUUUGAGCUUUUUGGAGGCAGGAUGUGGGAUCCUCAAAAUGAAUAGCUCCCUUGUCUGGAGUGCCUGCUGUGAUCUUGUCUGGGAGCCACCAUAUGCUUCCCUGCUUGCCUGGAGCCCCAGAGGGAUUUACACAAAGUGGAAAUAGCUCAGUCUACCUAGUUACAAUUGCCUUGCUGACCCCAUCCCAGCCAGUGCUUGUAAUGCAGAGCUUGUAUUUUUAAAUGAGUAGGCAGGGAAGUGCUAGCUACGAGCAUCCGUUCAGUGUCACAGCAAUGGUAUUAACAUGAUCAUGUUGUUCAUGAUCAGCAGUUUCCGCUUCCUUCAUCUGAUGCUUCCUCGCAGUUUGAGUGCUUGUUCCUCUCCCCAGAGGUUCCUCUCCUUAUGGAGAUACUUUGCAGUCCUCACCUCCUCAUUUCUCAUCUUGCCUUCCCAGUGGUCCCUCAGUUCCUCACUUCCCUCCUGCCUGAGCCCCACAGGAUGAAGAGACAGCUCUAGGCUUCAGGUCUCUGCACUGACACAGGCUGCUGCUGUGACUGUGGGCACAAAUCUUUGUAGUGACAGAUCUCCCUGUUAGCUCUCCCCUCCAGAGCACUGUCUUGCCUCCCGUAAUCCCCGAGAAAGGAAGGGGCUGGAGGGAGAGGCAGCACUGUGUGGAAGUCUGGCUGGCAGCUGCCCUUGGCUGUGGCCUCUCGCUUCUCUCCGGGUCGCAGGGUGAGGCAGCUCCUAUGGGAACGCGGCAGUGGGGCUGUGCUGAGCCUGCGUGGGAGGGAGGCGUGCUGGGAAGAAACGAGCCCUUCUGAUUCUUCUUUCUUUUUCUUUUGAGAAAAGAUGGGCGGUUGUGACAGCAGGAGUGUAACCCCUUUAAAUUCUACAAAAGCAUCCCAUCUUCUCCUCAGAAACAUCAGUUAACUUAUCCCUGGGGUACUUUUGGGACAGUCACUGGAGUUGCAUAGUGAGUGUGACCUGUGAUGGCUUUUCAGCAGACUUUGCUGCUUUCUCCCACCGUGUAAAAAGUGUACAAGAUUUCCAGGGAAUCUGCUUGCAGUUGUUGUCUCCUCCUGUACUAACUCACACCACCUUAACUGCUGUUUGUUCAACGGCCUGUAGUUCAUCAGGCCUUGGUCCCUUCUCACUUGCAGCUGGUACUUGUUUUACCUGUUCUUACAUGGUAUUAGCUUAGGGCACAGCUCUUCACACACUAUGCUUGUCUCUUACUGGCUUUAUCUGUGCUUUUCUGAACUUUUCUGUCUUUAUUUAUCAUCCACAGACUGGAUUCUUCUCAUCUGAAUAAUUCUGACUGAUUCUUAAACAAGGGAUGCAAUAAUACCUUUAGAUUUAUGUAAUGAAUCUUGUUUGGAAUUACACUGGGUGGUGGAAUUCUGCUUUUUUUCUUUUUAAGAAUAUAUUUUUCUUCUUUUUAAGAAAUAAAAAACCCUAGAAGGAUUACUGGUCCCUCUCUGGAGAUGCAGAAAGAUAGAUA